AUGCUGCCCGCCACCGCGCUGCUCCUGGCCGCCGCCGCUGCCGCUACCGCGCAAACCCCAGGUGGCUGUGACAGUCCACCAAGGUUGACCUUUGCUGAGCUGAUGCCUAAGUUUAAAAAUAUGACUGAUUUCCCCAUCGGGACGGUUGUCGCAUACACUUGCCGACCUGGAUACGGGAGGUACAGGUUGAUUGGGAAGUCUCAACGGCGCUGUGACAUUUCAGGCAAAAGGGUUGCAUGGAGCCAUGAGCCUCCCAUUUGUGAACGUAUUCCAUGUCCUCGACCUCCAGAUGUAAAGCACGGCAGCCACAACGCCAUGUACAGGGAUGACUUCUCUUAUGGGUCAGCUGUGAUUUAUACAUGUGAGACAGGAUACCCGCUCACUGGAGACAGCUCAAUUUACUGCACAACCAAGGAUGGGAAAACUGGAGAGUGGAGUGGGCCUGGCCCUCGGUGUGGAGCGGGCAGGUGUCCCUUCCCCACCGUCCAGAAUGGGAAAAGAAUAUCUGACUACAAGUCCUCCUACGCUUAUGGUGAUAUCGUGCUCUUUGAGUGCAAUCCCGGCUACAUCAUGCGUGGCCAGAGCUCGAUUCAUUGCAAUGCUGACAACUCGUGGGAUCCACCUGUGCUGGUUUGUGAACAGGUGAUCAAGUGUUCCCCACCUCCUGACAUUGCCAACGGGAGGCACAAUGCCCAGGCCUCAGGCAAUUUUGCCAUUGGAAUAGCUGUUCUCUACAGCUGUAAACCUGGCUACUCCCUUAUUGGAACUGCUUAUGCUCAGUGCACAAAGUUUGCCAUUGGCUGCACAACCCCAGCAGUCCAGAACGGGUGGCUAACUGAAAUAAAACCUGCCUACAGCCCCAGAGACUAUGUGACAGUGAAAUGUGAUCCUGGCUAUACCCUGAGUAGCCCGCGCAAAGCACAGUGCCAAGUUGGGGUGACCCGCUGCCCGAACCCAGAGAUCCGGAAUGGAAGGAAACUCGAGGGGCGUGGCUCUGUGUGUGACCGUGGCGAUAAAGUGAGGUUUGAAUGCAACGAUGACUAUGUCCUGAAGGGCAGCUAUGAGAUCCAGUGCCAGGACGAUGGCACCUGGGCUCCUCCUGCCCCAACCUGCAGUCUAGAUGGCUGUGGUCCUCCACCAAGGUUAAGGUUUGCUGCGCCACUCGAAGAGUAUGCCACCCAGAACAGCUUUCCUAUUGGGAAGAUCGUGAAAUACAGCUGCCAGCCUGGAUACUCUAAAAAACCAGGGACCCCACCUUCUGUUAAAUGCCUUAGGAGUGGUGAAUGGACAGAUACCCUUGACUUCUGUACAAGGAAAUCGUGCGGUCACCCGGAAGAGCCGCAGAACGGCAGAGUCAUCGUCCAAUCAGAUAUCCUGUUUGGGGCCACCGUGAACUACACCUGCGAGGAAGGGCACAGGUUGCUUGGACAGCCUCAGAGGCACUGUCAGAUUUCUGGGAAAACUGUUGCAUGGAGUGGAGCUACUCCCAUUUGUGAACGUAUCCCAUGUCUUCCACCUCCAGAUAUAGAGCACGGCAGCCUCAAAUACGUGUACGAGAAUGACUUCUCUUAUGGGUCAGCUGUGACUUACAAAUGUGACAGAGGAUACCCGCUCAUUGGAAAGGAGACUAUUUACUGUACAACCCAUGAUGGGCAAAAUGGAGAGUGGAGUGGGCCUCCCCCUCAUUGUGGAGAAUUUCCAGCACACAGCUGUCCCAUCGCCAAGAUCUCAAAUGGGCGAAUUGUACGUGGCUUCAAAAGUACCUACAACUCUGGUGAUACUGUGACCAUUACGUGCAAUAAUGGAUACAUCAUGCGUGGUCAGAUGGUGAAGUGUCUCUCACCUCCAAGCAUCGCUAAUGGGAAGCUUAAAGGCCAAGCCUCAGACACCUUUGUCAACGGGACGUCUGCUUUCUACUACUGCAAUUCUGGCUACACCCUUGUUGGGAAGGCGUCCAUUCAAUGCCUGGCAUCUGGAUCUUGGAGCCGUCCCUACCCUCAAUGUGAAAUGGUCGUCUGCCCAAAUCCAGAGAUCCAGAAUGGAAGGAAAUUGGAUGGACGUGGCUCUGCAUAUACAUUUGGGCACCGCGUGAGUUUUGUAUGCAAUGCUGGCUACGUCCUGAAUGGCAGCCAUGAGAUCCAGUGCCAGCAGGAUGGCAGCUGGGAUCCCCGCAUCCCAUCCUGCAUUCGAGCGCUGCCGUGUCCUCCACCUCCACCCGUCACCAAUGCAAGGCACAGCGCCCAGCUUCUGGAAGCCUUCCCCAGUGGGACGUCUGUCAGAUACAGCUGUGAGCCUGGCUACGCCCUGAUUGGAAAGGCCUCCAUCCAUUGCACGGCCUCAGGAACCUGGAGUUUGCCUUAUCCCGCAUGCUCAAGGAAAUCGUGCGCUCUGCCGGAAGACCCAGAGAACGGCAGAGUCAUCAUAAUAGAUCUUCUCUUUGAGUCAAGAGUGAACUACACCUGUAAUGAAGGGUACGUGCUGGUUGGACAGCUGCAGAGGCACUGCGAAGUGUCUGGCAAGCGCGUCGCAUGGAGUGGCGAUGCUCCCACCUGUCAGUAUAUUAAAUGUCCUCAACCUCCAGAUAUUCAACAUGGGAACCACGAUGGCCACUCCAGGGAUGGGUUCUACUAUGCAUCAGUUGUGACUUACACAUGCAGUGAAGGUUACCCACUCACUGGAGAGUUCUCUAUUCACUGCACCACAAAAGAUGGGCAAACUGGAGUGUGGAGUGGACCGGCCCCACGGUGUGGAGAGGUGAGAUGUCCAGUCCCUCAAAUCCAGAAUGGAAGAAGUGUAUCUGGCCUGCAGCAAGUCUACACGUAUGGCGACACCGUGACCUUUGAGUGUGAUCCCAGCUACACCAUGCGGGGCCGCAAUCGGAGUCGGUGCCAGUCUGAUGACACGUGGGACCCACUUCUGCCAGUUUGCGAACAGGUGCUGCCGUGUCCUCCACCUCCGCCCAUUGCCAAUGCAAAGCACAGAGCCCAGGUCCUGGAAGUUUUCCCAAGUGGCACGUCUGUCAGCUACAGCUGUGAUCAUGGCUACUUCCUUGUUGGAGAGGCCUCCAUCCAUUGCAUGGAGUCUGGGACCUGGAGCCUGCCUUAUCCUGUUUGUUCAGGGAAAUCGUGUGGGCACCCAGAAGAACCGAGGAAUGGCAGAGUCAUCAUUGUAACGGAUCUGCUGUUCGGUUCCACGGUGAACUACACUUGCGAGGAAGGGUACAAGCUGACCGGGAUGCCUCUCAGGCGCUGUGAAAUUUCUGGCCAGAGAGUUGCAUGGAGCAGAAGUCCUCCUGAGUGUCAGCGUAUUGUGUGUCCAUCACCUCCAGAUAUUCACAAUGGGACACACAAUGGCCACUUGUUGGAAGACUUCUCUUAUGGGUCAUCUAUAAGGUACACGUGUGACCCUGGCCACCCGCUCAAUGGAGAGAACUUUCUUUACUGCACAACCAAAGAUGGACAAACUGGAGUGUGGAGCGGGCCAGCCCCUCGGUGUGGAGAGGUGCAGUGCUUCCCUGCUCCAACCAUCACCAAUGGGAAGCACGACAGCCAGGCUGUGGAAGCAUUCACUAGUGGGAUGUCUGUCAGCUACCAGUGUGACCCUGGCUACACUCUGAUAGGGGAAGCACAGCUUCACUGUACAGCAUCUGGAGCCUGGAGCCACCUUGCCCCUCGAUGCGAAGAGCCAAAGUGUCCUCCACCUCCUUCCAUUGCCAAUGGGAAUCCCAUUGACCAGGCCUUGGACGCCUUCAACCCAGGAUCGGUUUUUCUGUACAGCUGUAAACCUGGCUAUGCCCUUGUUGGGGUGACGUCUAUUCAAUUUGUUGGCUGCAAAAACUUAUAUGUGGAUAAUGGAAGAGUAAUGGGGUUCCAGGACAUCUACAGACCUGGGGACAUCAUAGUAGUGGCCUGUGACCAUGGUUACGUCUCAACCGGCGCCCAGGAGUCUCAGUGUCAAUUUGGAGGCGAGUGGGACCCUCCAGUCGCCAACUGCGAAAAGGUGCUGGAGUGUCCCCCUCCUCCUAAUAUUGCUAAUGCAGAGCGCAGACACCAGGCCAAAGAGGCUUUCACCCCUGGGAUGUCUGUAGAGUACUUCUGUGAUGCUGAGUAUUCCCUAGUCGCAGAGGGGUCCAUUUUUUGCACGGCGGCUGGAACCUGGAGCCUCCCACUCCCUCUCUGCGAAGUGAUUCGGUGCACAAACCCCAAGAUCCAGAAUGGAAGGAAGCUGGAUAGUCGUGGUCCCUUCUAUAAGCCCUGGGACGUGGUGAUGUUGGAAUGCAAUGCUGGAUACAGCCUGAGUGGCAGGGCUGGCUGUGAAAUCCCAAAGCUUCAUAAUGGAAGAAUCCUUGGAUUAAAGCUUGUCUAUGACCGCGGAGACAGCGUGACAGUGGAAUGUGAUCCAGGUUACACUGUGAAGGGCACCCAUGUAUCUCAGUGUCAGGUUGAUGGGAUGUGGGAUCCUCCUGUUGCUGUCUGUGAAAAAGUGCGGCAGUGCCCCCUGCCACCAAAUAUCACUCACGCCGAGCACAGCAGCCAAUAUGUGGAAACAUUCACCACGGGGAUGUCUGUGAAUUACAGCUCUGUCACCUGCCCGAACCCAGAGAUCCUGAAUGGAAGAAACCUCGAUGGCUGGACCGCCACCUACAGCCUUGGGGACAGCGUGAGGUUGGAAUGCAGUGCUGGCUACAGCCUGAAUGGCAGCCGUGAGAUCGUGUGUGGGGAGGAUGGGGCCUGGCAUCCCCCUGUCCCAGUCUGCAGUCAGGUUACCUGUGGCUCUCCAAAAGUGCAGAAUGGAAAAGCAACUGGUACCAAACCUGUCCACAACCCCAGGGACACCGUGACAGUGCAAUGUGAUGCAGGUUACGCUGUAAACGGCACUCUCGAGUCUCAGUGCCAGGACGACGGCACGUGGGACCCUCCAGUCCUACUCUGUGAAAGGGUGCGGCAGUGCCCCCUGCCACCAAAUAUCACUCACGCCGAGCACAGCAGCCAAUAUGUGGAAACAUUCACCACGGGGAUGUCUGUGAAUUACAGCUCUGUCACCUGCCCGAACCCAGAGAUCCUGAAUGGAAGAAACCUCGAUGGCUGGACCGCCACCUACAGCCUUGGGGACAGCGUGAGGUUGGAAUGCAGUGCUGGCUACAGCCUGAAUGGCAGCCGUGAGAUCGUGUGUGGGGAGGAUGGGGCCUGGCAUCCCCCUGUCCCAGUCUGCAGUCAGGUUACCUGUGGAUCUCUGAAAGUCCAGAAUGGAAAAGCAACUGGUACCAAACCUGUCCACAACCCCAGGGACACCGUGACAGUGGAAUGUGAUGCAGGUUACGCCGUGAACGGCACUCUCGAGUCUCGGUGCCAGGAGGACGGCACGUGGGACCCUCCAGUCCUGGUCUGUUUAAGGGUUACCUGUGGCUCUCCAAAAGUGCAGAAUGGAAAAGCAACUGGUACCAAACCUGUCCACAACCCCAGGGACACCGUGACAGUGGAAUGUGAUGCAGGUUACGCCGUAAACGGCACUCUCGAGUCUCAGUGCCAGGACGACGGCACGUGGGACCCUCCAGUCCUACUCUGUGAAAGGGUGCUGCAGUGCCCCCUGCCACCAAAUAUCACUCACGCCGAGCACAGCAGCCGAGACGUGGAAACAUUCACCCCGGGGAUGUCUGUGAAUUACAGCUUUAUGUGUGGAUCUCCAAAAGUCCAGAAUGGAAAAGCAACUGGUGCCAAACCUGUCCACAACCCCAGAGACACUGUGACAGUGGAAUGUGAUGCAGGUUACGCCGUGAAGGGCACUCUCGAGUCUCGGUGCCAGGACGACGGCACGUGGGACCCUCCAGUCCUGGUCUGUGAAAGGGUGCGGCAGUGCCCCCUGCCACCAAAUAUCACUCAUGCCGAGCACAGCAGCCGAGACGUGGAAACAUUCACCCCGGGGAUGUCUGUGAAUUACAGCUGUGAGCCGGGCUACUCCCUGGCGGGAGAGGGAUCGAUUUACUGCACAACAUCUGGAGCCUGGAGCCUCCCGCUUCCUCUCUGUGAAGCUGUCACCUGCCCAAACCCAGAGAUCCUAAAUGGAAGAAACCUAGAUGAAUGGACCCCCACGUACAGCCCUGGGGACAGGGUGAGGUUUGAAUGUAGUGCUGGCUACAGCCUGAAUAGCAGCCAUGAGAUCCAGUGCAGGGAUGAUGGCAUCUGGGAUCCCCCAGUGCCAGUGUGCAAUCAGG